AAUAUUCUCUCUGAGCUCUUAUUCUGAAGGGGACAGUUGGUGUUACACUAUAAGUCUUCCGUGUUGUCCUCACUGAGUGUUUCCCACAGUCCCACGGACUCUACUAAACUGAAGAGGGAUGUUGCGGCGUCCCAAGCCAACCGACUCUGAGGCAGACCUCCUGAGGGAGCAGGAGAAGUUUCUGACCUCUGGUGCCCCCUCUGCAGCCAACGUGGUCCGCAGACCUGACAAGAGGAGAGGUGAGGCUGGAGGAGAGGAAGGAGAGCAAAACGGGGAGAAUGAAGGAGAACAGAGGGAUGUUGUCACUAUAGAAGACCUUCCAGACCAGCUCCCAUCCCUGACACCAGCACCACCAAAGAAGUCUCGCUUUAAAGCCAACCGGGUCACUUUUGAGGCUGAGGAUGCAGAGGAGAGCUUGGACAAACAUGACACUCACAUCAGCGCUGUUCUGUCAAGGAUAGUAGAGAGAGAUACCACCUCUGCUCCUAUCUCUUUACCUGUGUUCACAGGCAUGGCUUUCCCCAAAGUGAUGCAUCGCUCAGAAACCAGCAGUCAGGUGCCGGCAUCCUCAGUUGGUGGAAAAAGGAGCAUCUUUGCACGUCACAUCGCAGCUCAGAGACUUAAGGAGGUAACGACACCUUUACACUGUGCACCUGAAGCUGCUCAGACUCCUGGAUGCAGGGAGCAGAACCUUCCACCUGAGACGAGUAUGGAUACAACACAGAGUGAAACCGCUCAUGAUUUCUCAGGUUCCAGGCUAGUGUCAGGUCUGGGUCUUCAGGGCCAUGACGGCUCAGUAGAGACGAUGAGGAUUCACAAGGAGAACCAGGUGAAGAUCCAGGCCAUGUCUCAGGCUGAGAUAGUCCAGGAGCAGAAGAAACUCUUAUCCCAGCUUGAUCCUCGACUGGUGGAGUUUGUUAGAUCUCGCAAAGCCCAGAGCGUCCCGUCCUCGGCCUCCCCGUCCAAACAGCCUCGGGGCGAAAGCAGUGAGGGAAACGUUCCUCUUGAUAAUGUGAGCAGAGAGUCAGACUCCUCCAGUGCUGCUGUGCUGUCUCAGAAUAACCAAGAAGUAGAAAUGGAGGAAGAGGAGGAGGACAUGUCAGCACCACCUGUUUUGACGGAGGAGGAUCUGCCCGUGAAGCCUCAGAAAUCAUGGGUCAACAUGAACAAACUGGAGCCAGAGAAGCUGGAGUGGAUGAGAGACUUGCCUGCUCCGAGGAGGAAAGGGACCAAGAAAGCCAUGCAGGCUCGCUUUGACUUUGUGGGGAACUUGAUUCCACCCACUCAGGAUCUCCCCACACACUUGGGUCUGCACCACCACGGAGAGGAGCCUGAGCGGGCAGGUUACUCCCUGCAGGAACUCUUCCUCCUGUCUCGGAGUCAGGUCACCCGGCAGAGGAGUCUGGCCCUCAGCACGCUGGCCCACAUCCUCUCAAAGGCACGUGCAGGGGAGUACGUGUCAGUUCUGACGGGCAGUGUGACGUCCACCCUGCUCGACGCCGGCCUGCUCUUCCUGCUCCGCUUCGCGCUGGACGACGGAGUGGAGGGGGUGAUGUCUGCAGCCGUGCAUGCACUGAGAGCGCUGCUCGUGUGUGCAGAGGAUGAAGAGUGUAUGGACUGCACCUUCUCUUGGUUUCGCGGCCUGGCCUCCUUCCCUCUGCUGCCGUCUGCUCAGGAGGAGGAAGAGGACGUGGAGGAUGAAGGACUGCCCGACAUUUUGAAGGAGACGGCCAAAGAGAAGGAGGAGAAGAAGAGCGAUCAUGAUGUGGCGAGUCAGGAUGUUGUCAAGGGUCUGUUGAGGAUGAAGCUGCUCCCCAGGCUGCGUUACAUCCUUGAAGUGGUCCGGCCUUCUCCCCUAGUGGUCCAGGACGUCCUGGAGGUCCUGACUCGUAUCGCUCGGCACUCCUCCUCAUCUGCCACUCAGGUGCUUGACUGUCCUCGCUUGAUGGAGACGGUGAUGUCAGAGUUUCUUCCAACUUCCUGGGCAGCUCCUUCCUCGCCUCUUCCUGCGUCUGUUUACGGACUGCCGCUUGCCUCAGCCAUGAAGCUGUUAAGAGUUUUAGCUACCUCAGGGAGACACGCCUGUGCCCGACUCUUAAACUCUCUCGGAGCGAGAGAGCGCUUGUCUUGUUUGCUGAGUGCCGAGCCCGGCGAGCUGCUGCUGGAACCGAGCAAGGCCCUGAGGAUCACCACAGAGGCCUUCAGGCUGUGGGCUGUGGCAGCCGGCUACGGUCAGGCCUGUAAAUUAUAUAUAGAUCUGUAUCCAAGCUUGGCAAAGAUGUUACAGUCAGUCCACAGAGCCCUGAACCCCUUAGAUCCUCUGUGGCCCCUGCAGGUCCAGCGGCUUCUGGCUCUGCUCUCUCUGCUGACUCAGGUCACACACACUGCUGGCUGCCAUCAGGAGCUACAAGCCGGCUUAGUUAGCUCUCAGGGAGAGGAGUGUCCGCCUCCUCCUCCGGUGUCUUGGGGUCAUGUCAUAGGGCUGCAGGCGUCACUGGUGGGACACUUGAAGGCCUUCGUGAAGAGUCUUGAUGAUCCGGCUCAGAAAGAGAGCAGCCUGGCUGUGAUACCAUCCUACCUGAUUUAUCUACAAGCUUACUACCAUCAGCUCUCCAAACAGAGCUGUUUCAAACCAGUAGAGACCCUUCAAGAACUGGAGCUGCUGACUUCUGAGGUUCUCCUUCCUCUGCUGUCCCAUCAUGCUGUUCAAGACCUUAUGAAGAAUCUAAAGUCCUUCUCAGUCGUGUGUAACGUUCAGCCCAGUCACCCAGGCCCAGAGACCACUCCCAGCCUCCCUGGUUUGGCCUGCCCGGGAUGGAGGGACCGCCCAGGGCUGGUUGCUCCAGGCUCCCCCUUCCCUCUUCUCACCGGUCUGGGGCUCCUCCUGGAGACCGUCACGGGCAUCCACAAAGGUCUCAGCUGCAAGUUCACAGGUCUGCUCCUGUCAGAGCCUGUGAUUGGUUACCUGCAGAGAUGCGGUCAGGCUGCACCCACCCUGUCUCACACCAGAGUGUGGCUUCUCCGUCAUGAGCACCACCUCCUCUACCUGCUGCUGAGGCUCGCACACAGGCUGGUUCCCAUUGAGCCAGAAGUAGCGAAGCAUGCCUCUCUGUACCACCAGGUGGCGCUGGUUCUGCUUCCAUGGUUAUUGCCUGGCAGUGAAUUCCUGGCACAUGAACUGCUGUCCACCAUCAUCUUCAGCAGAGACUUUUUAUCAGAGGGCCACAGCGGAGGGCCGGAGGCCGUAGAACUCGGAGAGUUGAGGCUCCAAGAGGAAACGCAUCACCACUCUUCCCCCUCUCUUCAGACUGUGGGAUCUCUCCUGAGAGAGGCCUGCGUCCAGCUGCCCUCCAUACGAGGCUGCUUCCUCACUCAUCUGGCCCACCUGGAGCCGACCGUGCUGACAUCUCAGGACGCUCUGCUGGGGCGCAACCCCUGUAUCAACUCCCACCUCCUCCCAGAACUCACAGGUCCCACUCUGCCAUCUGAUUGGCCGUACCUGCCGCUCAUCAGUCUGUAUGAGCGAGCGGGGGUGACCGAUGGUGGAGGGUUAGCGGUGGAGGAGCUUCCACAGGGGGCUCUGCAGGCUGUGAGUCACUGUCUGCAGUGGCUGCUGCUCCUGGAGGUCUGGAGAGAGGAAGCACUUAAGGUGAUCCCUCCUGUCGCCAAGUUUGCCCGUCUGUCCUGUGUGUUCCUGUUCUCCAGCGACAUGUUCCUGGAGAGACCUGUUCAGAAACUGACCUGGGGUCUCUUCAGACUGCUGACCAGGCAGACCAGGCUGGACUCUCUGGACCUGAGCGUCCCUCCUCCAGGUCUCGCCUCCUUCCAGGACCUGUACUCUGCUCUUUUGACCCAGUACGAAGCAGUGUCCUUUGGGGAUCGACUCUUCGGCUGCUGGGUCCUCUUACCUCUGCAGAGGAAGUACAACGCCACCAUGAGGCUGGCUGUGUUUGGAGAGCACGUGGGGAUGCUGAGGUCACUGGGAGUCUCGCUGGAUCAGCUCUCCGUCCCCAUCGAGAGGUUCACGUCUCCCCCUGAAGACUCCCUUCCUCUCCUCCGUCUCUACUUCCGCUCAUUAGUGACGGGGACGCUGAAGCCCCGCUGGUGUCCUGUCUUAUACGUGGUCACCUUAUCUCAUGUGAACUCCUUCAUCUUCUCCCAGGAUGCUGCAGCGCAGGAGGUGGAAGCAGCCCGACACAGCAUGCUGAGGAAAAUCCACUACUUGACUGAUGAGGUGUUGAGGAACCACCUGCUGCUCUUUCGUCUGCCUCAGCUGCACGCAGAGCUCGGCUUCGAUAUGUACGAUCAGUUGCCACCUAUAAGGGCGAAACGGCUGGAGAGCGUCCUGAGGCUGCAGGACAGCAGUGACCACAGAGGAGACUGAAGGUAACAUGGAGUAUGAACACUUGGAAGAACUUCUGAGCCAAAUACUGAGAUACGGAGGAGGACAGUACAAGACUGAAACUGACCUGAAGUGGAAUUCAGAGCACACUGAGAGUUUCAGGUUGGUGAUGCGAGUCAAAGUGAGACUUUAAUUCUUCUAAAAGUGUCUGACUUAGAUUGGCUUUGGACUAAGAGCCAGCACGGUCACAGGAUUUCCUGCUACCUCUCCUCUUAAAGGAAACUCAACCUGAGGCAGAAUUGUCCGACACUUAAUGAAGGAACAACUGUUAGUGCUUUUUUGGCAAUUAUUCAAUCCUGCUUCCACAUCAAAGACUACAGUUCACACGCCAUCCACAUAGAUAAUCCGACUUAAUAGAGUUUAAAUUUUUUUUUUUCAAACAAUUUGAACUGGAACACGAGUCAAUCCAAAGGUUAAAUAAAAGAGUGAAGAAGAAAUGCUUAAAUUGAAGAUUGGACGCAGCACGGUGCACAUCACAGAACUUUUCCUCUCAGCAAUCAAGAGGAUUAUUUUGUUUCUUUGUUUCUGUAAAAAAGUUAUGUUGCGACAGAAGAGCUGGAGAGCCUGACAAGAACAAUCCUUGGCAUCUCCUGGAAAGAAAAAAUCCACUUCUCUGCAAGUGCCUGAUUUUUUUGCGUGUUUGUUUUUGUAAAUAAAACAUGAUUUCAAAUAUG